AUGACAUCGAACUUUUCUGUGAACCGUUAUUCCGGUAUGAAUGUCAAUAGUUAUAGUAACUUCCGGCAAACAACACAACCCCAUUUUGGUAACAACAGCAAAAACAGGCCUUCUGCUAAUGAAAAAGGAAAUCUCUGGAAAAGUGAAAAUACAUUUGAUGUAUCUCGUCUUAAUAUUCGGGAACGACUCACCCACUUGUUGGCAUUAAAACCAUUCAGCAAGGAAGAUCUGUAUGCGCGACUGAAAAAGGAAGGAAUUCGAGAUAAUGAGCUCAAGUCCGUUGCUAGCAUACUCUUGGCUAUUGCUCUGCUCCGUUGCCGUAUGUACAGCCUUCGUGAUCACAUGUGGUACUAUGUGAAUGUAAAUUGGCCCUUUUAUACAGAGCAUGAGCGAGAUCAAGUCAAGCAGAAUAUGCCACAAGAUAAGACUCCGCCACACCAUUCGAAUGAUCAAGUCAAGUCACAAGAUAUAACACCACCACACUAUCCGAAUGAUCGAGGUUCAGUUGUGACCCAGAGCCCAACUGAUAACCUUAUUGCUAGUCCCCCACAAGAGACGGACAAUUUGGAGUAUGAAUAUGCACCUCGACCAAAGAAGCAACGAAUAAGUCAUAUGGUCACGAAAACUGCUACAAUUACCCAUCCUACGAGGACGAAUUCCCUGCAUCAAGUGAAAGACAUUACGAGGAACAACAACGUCGUGCAUAAAUCCAAUAAUGCUGAAAACCAGAAUCCAACUUAUACUUAUAUUGAUACUCCUCCACAACAGACGGACUGUUCGGAGUAUGAAUAUGCACCACGACCAAAGAAGCAACGCAUUAGUCAUAUGAUUACAAAAACUGCUACAAUUACCCAUCCUAAGAGGACGAAUUCCCUGCAUCAAGUGAAAGACAUUACGAGGAACAACAACGUCGUGCAUAAAUCCAAUAAUGCUGAAAACCAGAAUCCAACUUAUACUUAUAUUGAUACUCCUCCACAACAGACGGACUGUUCGGAGUAUGAAUAUGCACCACGACCAAAGAAGCAACGCAUUAGUCAUUUGGCUACAAAAACUGCUACAGUUACCCAUCCUAUGAUGAGGGAUUCCAUGCAUCAAGUAAAGGACAUUACGAGGUACACCAACAUCGUGCAUAAAUCCAAUAAUGAUGCAGAGUCACAACGACAACAAGUAUCAACACCGUCAAUAUCAGCAGCAGCAACAGCACCAGCGAAACCAGCAUCACCACCGGAAAUGGAAACAUUUAAGCAACGGAAUUACUAA